GCUUCAUCUCUUUGGGCUAAACUGAAAGUCUGCACGAGAGGGCCAAUCGAAGGGCCCCGAGGUGGUCAGCAUAGGCCCCUCGGCGACUUCCCAGGUCGCAAUCUCCAGGAAAACCACCACAGGCUCAGCAGAGCUAGCCGCCUACCCGCGCUCCCCGGGCCCUUCCGGCGGUUGCGCCCUUUAACCCCGGAAGUGGGCAGGAGAGGAAGCGGCUGGUGAUGCUGGAACAAACAUGGCCGCUCUGGCGCCCGUCGCCUCCUCCGCCUCCCGCCGUCCUAGGCUGGCCGCGGGCCUCCGACUGCUCCCGAUGCUGGGUUUGCUGCAGUUGCUGGCCGAGCCUGGCCUGGGCCGCGUCCAUCACCUGGCACUCAAGGAUGAUGUGAGGCAUAAAGUUCAUCUGAACACCUUUGGCUUCUUCAAGGAUGGGUACAUGGUGGUGAAUGUCAGUAGCCUCUCAUUGAAUGAGCCUGAAGACAAGGAUGUGACUAUUGGAUUUAGCCUAGACCGUACAAAGAAUGAUGGCUUUUCUUCUUACCUGGAUGAAGAUGUGAAUUACUGUAUUUUAAAGAAACAGUCUGUCUCUGUCACCCUUCUAAUACUAGACAUCUCCAGAAGUGAGGUAAGAAUAAAGUCUCCACCAGAAGCUGGUACCCAGUUACCAAAGAUCGUCUUCAGCAGGGAUGAGAAAGUCCUUGGUCAGAGCCAGGAGCCUAAUGUUAACCCUGUUUCAGCAGGCAACCAGACUCAGAAGACACAAGAUGGUGGAAAGUCUAAAAGAAGUACAGUGGAUUCAAAGGCCAUGGGAGAGAAAUCCUUUUCUGUUCAUAAUAAUGGUGGGGCAGUGUCAUUUCAGUUUUUCUUUAACAUCAGCACUGAUGACCAAGAAGGCCUUUACAGUCUUUAUUUUCACAAAUGCCUUGGAAAAGAAUUGCCAAGUGACAAGUUUUCAUUCAGCCUUGAUAUUGAGAUCACAGAGAAGAAUCCUGACAGCUACCUCUCAGCAGGAGAAAUUCCUCUCCCCAAAUUAUACAUCUCAAUGGCCUUUUUCUUCUUUCUUUCUGGGACCAUCUGGAUUCAUAUCCUUCGAAAACGACGGAAUGAUGUAUUUAAAAUCCACUGGCUGAUGGCGGCCCUUCCUUUCACCAAGUCUCUUUCCUUGGUGUUCCACGCAAUUGACUACCACUACAUCUCCUCCCAGGGCUUCCCUAUCGAAGGCUGGGCUGUUGUGUACUACAUAACUCACCUUUUGAAAGGGGCGCUACUCUUCAUCACCAUUGCACUCAUUGGCACUGGCUGGGCUUUCAUUAAGCACAUCCUUUCUGAUAAAGACAAAAAGAUCUUCAUGAUUGUCAUCCCACUCCAGGUCCUGGCAAAUGUAGCCUACAUCAUCAUAGAGUCCACCGAGGAGGGCACGACUGAAUAUGGCUUGUGGAAGGACUCUCUCUUUCUGGUCGACCUGCUGUGUUGUGGUGCCAUCCUCUUCCCAGUGGUGUGGUCAAUCAGACAUUUACAAGAAGCAUCAGCAACAGAUGGAAAAGGUGACAGCAUGGGACCUCUUCAGCAGAGAGCGAAAUCUAAGAGCAGGAAGUCGCAUAGAAGUCGCAUAGCUGCUAUUAACUUAGCAAAGCUGAAACUUUUCAGACAUUAUUACGUCUUGAUUGUGUGUUACAUAUACUUCACUAGGAUCAUUGCAUUUCUCCUCAAACUCGCUGUUCCAUUCCAGUGGAAGUGGCUGUACCAGCUCCUGGACGAAACGGCCACACUGGUCUUCUUUGUUCUGACGGGGUAUAAAUUCCGUCCGGCUUCGGAUAACCCCUACCUACAACUCUCUCAGGAAGAAGAUGACUUGGAAAUGGAGUCUGUUGUGACAACAUCUGGGGUGAUGGAAAGUAUGAAGAAAGUCAAGAAGGUGACCAACGGCUCCGUGGAGCCCCAGGGCGAGUGGGAAGGCGCUGUGUGACAGAGCCGACCCUGAGGAUGGCACUGUCCAAGGAAACUGUUAACUUAUUCAUAGUCCUAUUGGAGAGCAGGAGCAGCUCCUCCAGUGAACUAUUGGCACCUCCGACAGUGACACCAGGGCACAUGGCUGGAGCACAGUGCCACGGAAACCUGAUUUUGUACUCUCUUUUAUGGAAACGAUCUGUGGCUGGUUCAAGGCAGCUGGAUCCUCCUUCAGGCGGGAAUGGGAGGGCGGGCACAGAGAGGAGAAGAGGAAGAGAAAAGGAAGAAUUCAUUUUUUAUUUAGGUUUAUUUUUUUCUUCUUCAUUUGGGAGCUCUAAGGGGUAUGCAGUUGUGACCCCACGUGUGGGGCAGCGUAGCAAGGACGGCUGGUGGAGGGGGAAGGAGGGUGCGAGGCAUCGGUCUGAGGCUUUAGGAAAUGUCUACUGAGGACCCCGGGACUAAUGAAGAAGGGCGGGGAGAGUGCCGUUGCCUGUUCAGGAGACAGAAAUGAAUGAAAACAGGUGACUUUGGAAAGCAAAGUCAAAACCCAGUUGAGGAUGUAGCAUCUGCCCCAGGAUUCCUGCCCUCAGCAUUGCCCCAGACCCUUAUUCCAGAUGCUCAGAGUGACCAGGACAGCAGCUCCUGCGGCCUAGUGGUCUUCUUUCCAACAGGAAAAGAAGGCUGUGAUGUCACUGUCAGGGUCAUGCCCUGUGGCACAGCCCAGGUGGUGGGAGGUGGUUUUCUGAUUGAGAUGUUGCCUGAUGGAUGGAAAGAAAUGUAUUUUUAAGUUCAAAAAGCAUUAGCCUGUGGCGUUCCCUGGACAUCCACUCCCUGACAGCCCAGAACAGCACCGUCUUGGCUUCCCUUCAUGUUCAUGGCUUUGUUGUGUGUGAUCAGAAUUUCGGGGGAAAUGGAAAGGAGUUUUCUUUAAGGAGCAGCUGGGGGCAGAAUAGGUAGUAUUUAAGCAAAUACUUAAGUCCAAGCAAAUCAUCUCCAUUAAAAAGCUUUUCCUGUAGCCUAGUAGGAUUUCUAAAUAGAUGAAUUCAACAGACUUGGUCCCCAUAGUCCAAGAGUAUGUAUGUGAAGAAAGUGAGCACAAUUCAACAGUUCCACUCUCAGAGAUUUUAGGAUGGCGAAAUCUUUCACAGAAACUCAGUGAUUAAGUUCCCUUCCACACUUCCAGAGCUUGGCAGUGAACACAGGUAGCCACCUAAAGUGAGCAGUGUUGCAACUCAGAAAAUCAUCUAAAUAGUGGGACAAGCUCAGAAGGUCCGUUGUGACUGAGGGCUUAAAAGGAGACCAAAACAUGGCCCCAUCAGGGAAGCUUCUUAAUGCUUGGGGGGGCCAGCUAGGUAGGGUUGCUUCCAAAAGCUGGAGCCCACCCCUGCCUGGGGCUUGUCAGAGAGCCACGCCUGCAGGGGAACAGGGACCUCCCGGGGGUGAUAGUCGUGGUCUCUGGGAGUUGUUUUCUCACCUCCCGCUUAGAAGGGUCAGGCAGAAACCACAGGAUGUGGGAUCACACUGACUAUCCCAGGUUUGGGAACCUGAAAAAGUCUCCAUUCAGAACGUGGUUGUUUUCCCUGUCCUGUGCCAUUUUAUCUUCCUAAAUGACUAAUGAGGAAGCGGGUGUUCUUUUUCUGCACUUUGAUUCACCAUCUGGGUUCUGUAGGGUGCUCUGAAAGUGCGACCUGCCUUCUGGCUCAUGUGGAGGAAGAGCAAGCGCCUUCCCAGGCCACAGCUGCUCACCUCUCGGCAGAUAUUUUAGGCGAGCAUCCGUGUGUCUUCCCAUCUUCAGGAGAAGGGUGAAUGCGCCCUAAGAGUUCACUCCUGGACCUUUUUAAAAUUCACUCGGGACUGUGUGACAGAAGGGAGUUAGAAGGAGGAUGGGAAUAUUUUUAACACUUUGUUUUCCUGUGCAGAAACACAAUACCAGUUUUUGCAGAAAUGUGUCUCACUCUGUGACUCCAAAGCCCUCCUCAGUCCUUCCCUGAGAGGGACACAUUUGCUGUUUCUCCCGCAAGCAGAUGUUGUGGAUGAGGUGAUAGACUCCUUGGCAAGAACGAAAGGUGUGAUGAAACCUCCCUGCUCGGAAGGGUCUCCGUGGAGGUGUCCUCAUUUCACAUGCUGGGUUUUGCAAGCAGGGAAGCCAGGGAGUGAAGGAGCUAGAGAGAGGCAGGCGUGUGUGUGGACAGUCACUGGAGCCGCAGCCGUCAGACUGGCAUGGGAACGCCAAUGUUGAGUGUUGAGAUUCCACACGUAUGUCUGGGCUCACUCACAGCAUGGCCAAGUGUCUGCAGUGCUGGUCCUGACCCUUCCAGAGCAGCAGUGGACAGAUGAGAUAAGACUGUUUCAGAAACAAAGAUGGCCACAGCCUUCCUAACAAGGAGGUCAUCUGGCCAUGUCUGUAUUGUAACUGGAAAAAGGCUUCAAGUCAGAUUGAUGAUCAAGAAAAGUCAAAACCCCAGCCCAAGAUUGAGAAAGCAGGUGGUGGUUCCAAGCUUUUAAGAAAUUAUUGAAGCUCUCCAUCCUGUUCUGUGAGUGUGUCUUCCCUUUCUCCUUCACGUCAUAGCUAUAACCCACCGUUCAUCUCUGCUCUUGCGUAAAGAUGACCGAUGGCGUCCAAAGCCAAGUGGCUUCACCAGCUGACAAGCCACCCUCCUGCAGCCUGAGUUUCACACUCCACUGGGUUCGUUGUCAUGUGGUGUUUGAACGAUUAAGCCCUUGCAGUAUUUCAGGGAUCAGGCAGAGAAUAUCGGAUGCACAUAGCAGAGCCACUGGUGGUAUUUACAGCUUCGCUUUGUACUCCUCACUGUUUCUGCCUAUGCAAAAUAUCCAUGUUUCCUUUGAGAAAUCUGUUGUGGACUGAAAGUGCUGCUGGCUGUGAAAUUUAAUAAAAUGUGUAUGUUUUGCUAGAAAAUUAUUUCUUGGACAAUAGCAAUAGUCAUUGAUCUCUAAAUCCUGGCUCCUAACAGUGGCUGAGGACUUAGCAGCCCAUUUCUUGGCCCCUCAGUGCUUUAAAGUGUAAGUAGCACUGCAUUUGAUGAUGUUGAAUAUGACUCUGGUGAAUCGUAGGAGGCGCUUGUGAGGAGAUGCUUGCUUCAGUGUAAAAGAUGCUCAUGGCCUGAGUCAGUUGAGUUUUCUUUAAAGAAACCACUUUAGAGUGAAAUAUCCAGGGUUUCCCCGCCCCUGACAUGUCCAGCCUGCCAAGGCAGCACACGGCCCCAUAAGUCCACUUCGUGUGGGUGAGAUUUCCUCCUGCAUGAUGACCUCAUCACCGUCUCUGCUGUCUCCUGUCCCACAGCCUCCCUCCUUCUUCCCUCCUCCUCUGCCCUCGCCCCUCCCCCUAGCCCUUGCCCUCUUCCUCCCCCUCCUCUUCCCUCCUCCACUUCCUCCUUCUCUUCCAUCGCUUCUCUGCCCUCUUUCUCCCCGUGCCUAUUGAUCCCACAUAGGCUCAUUCUGGGCACGGGCUAAAGGCUUUGGUGCAUUGCAGCAUUUUCUCCCAGCAGCUGUGUGAAAGAUGCAUUUUCUAAGCGAAGGAGAAUUUUCUCAAGAGCAUGCAUACUCGUGCCAUAUAUUACUGCUUUGGGUCAUAUAGAAUGGUCUUCCUCCACACUAAAAUGGGUGUCUUGUUUUGGUACUUAACAACAGUCUACUCCAGGCACCCAGUCCUUACAGACCAAGGAAGAGCAUAGUGAUGCCUGUUGGAAUUGCAGAUGCAUUCUGGCCUUCUCCCCCGUCCUGAAGCAUUUUCUUCGAGGAAGGCUCUUAGAACAUUAGGUAGUCUGCUGAGGUUGUUGGCCCAGCUCCAUACACCCAGUAGAACAGCGGAACGACUCAUGCUUCAUGCUGCCAAGCUGCUGUACUUCAAAGGAAACAGAUCCUAGCCCAUUCCCUCACCCCUGCUUCCACACUCCACACUUCACCCCUCUGCUUUUCUCUGACCCGCCCCUGGCCUUGUAAGACUCACUGUAAGCCAACUCCAGGGUGCCUGUGGCCUGCGACUUGAUUCUUCCCUUUAGGAUUCAGCAAGUUAAUGAGUUCCCCGCUGCAGAAGUUAGACUGACUUGAUACCUCUUGGUAUAUCAAAAAGGUAUUCAUCCAGAACGUACCAAAUGUUCUGAAAGACCCGCUCUUCACUCCGGUUUUCCCUAGCGUGUUGCUGGCAGGGCGUCUUUAAAAGCCAUCUACCUGAGUUGACGCUAAUACUUGUCACCACCUGGAAUGUAGUUAUUGGUCGGCAGGCUGAACGUACUCCAGAUUCCCCGGAGGCCACUUCUGUAGCCCAGCGAUGCAUCUGAGCCUCUCUGCGUGGUUUAUGCUUGAAAAAUAGAUAAUGCUUUUAGAUGGCUCACUGCCAGGCCACGGGCCCCGCACAUCUCAGGCCCUGUGUGAGGGAGCACACUGAGAUGGUGCAGGAGUGAGUGGGCAUGGCUUGGCCUCACUGCCUCAGGGACCUGUUGGAGUUCUGGCAGCAGGGCGUCUGCAGGUGGGACGGCGUUCUGGGCAGAGUCAGAACGGUCAGAAUGAAACAGAACAGCUAACUCACCCAGAGGACAGCUUAUUUUGAGGCAGGGUUUUGGAUUUUGGAGGGGGCAGCCAGAUGAGGCAGUGAGCUUCCAGAAGGUCAGCCUUUGGAGCACAUAAGUUAACUGUUAACAGGGUCCAGAAGCUGUGUCCACACGGGGGCUUUGACUCUUCAAACAGCUUUUGCAGAUCGUAAAUUGCGUUUGCCUAGUCAUGUGACCUCAAAAGAAGUCAGACAUAUUUAAUCCAGAAAUAGUUUCGUUUGAGGGAGGGCUUGCAGGUCUGUAAAUAGCAUUUGCUUUCCUGGUUAGAGAUUGGGAUGCAGAAGGAGUUUUCAGUUUUUUUUUUUUAAACACUAAUCAUUGAAGAGUAUUUAUGUAAACAUAUAAUGUAUAAUGGGUGGGGGAUCCAAUCAGGGUGAUGUACGGGGUGAAUUCUCUUGCCGUGUUGCAAAAUGUGUAAAAUAAAGAUUAUCUGGCAGAA